AUGAACUUUGUCUCUGGCCUCCCCAUCGUCGAAGUAAACAAGUAUCUCUACGAUACCAUCGCGGCGAAGAUUCCAACUUUAGACACCAUGAGGAACCCACUAGCACUAGAUACGUCAAACCCAGCAGCUGCGUACAAGAAGGAGUAUUCAGGCCAUACCAGCUUCGGACACAUGCCAAUUGUCAGACUUCUUUCGCACGUUGCUUCCAUCAAUGGUGAAGAAACAACACUCCCAGAAGCUGUUCCACUACUACUAGAUCUUUCAGGACAAGAACAAGAUACACCAGAUCGACCAAAUCGACCAAUCGUCGUGCAACCUGAUGAGCUCGAAAAUCAUUUCCGGCAAUUCGUACUCCCCACAGCUGUUGAGCAGCCGUUUCAAAUCCCGCAGUAUGCUGUGGACGACGGAAACGAAGCUGAGCGCGAAAUUUUUUGGCACGAAAUGAAAGUACCGUCUGCAUUGAAGAACCUUUUGCGCUUUAAACCCAUUCGAAUCCCUAGCUUUCCUCGCUUCACUGGGCAGCGUAAGUACCCGUUCAAGUUGAAAUGGAGACGUCCUAUGGUUCCAAACGUUACUUACCACUAUCCGUCAUCUCAAGUUUUGAAGCCGAAAAAGCCGUGGGGUAUUUGGAAGGCGAAGCAACGAGGUUCAUCGAAACAGAAGCCGACUGGAUCCUCACAAGAGAACCUGAUCGAGAUCGACGAAGACGACCAGACUGAGAAUGACAACGACAAGCCGACAGAGUCCGCCAAAGAGAGCCAAACCGAGACUGACGAAGUGAAGCCGACAGAGUCAGCGGAAGAGACCCAGACUGAAAUUGAGGAAAGCAAGCAAGGAGAUGUGGAACCCAGAAGACGAACAGUGUAUUUUCACUUGAUGCGUCACGGAGAGGCUGCUCACAACAUUAUCAACCCAAACAUCCGCGUACCACAUCCAGAUGGGGGCACAGUCACCGCAGGGUCUAUGUUGCCAAACCCACCCCUAACAGAAAAAGGAUUCAGCCAAGCGCGACAAGUGUCGUACACUUUCCCGUUGCACAAAAUCACUCAUAUCUUCUCGUCGCCUUUGGUUCGAACUCUUCAAACAGCUCUUGUAGCCUUUGAACCAAUUCUCUAUUCAGCUACUGCCAAAGCACCAGUCAUCAUCGCCUGGAAGGAUCUCCGCGAGUGGGGAAACAGACCUUGUAGCACCGGUGAUAACCUCGAGAAACUCAAAGAGGAUUUCAGGAACUACCCAAUCCAUUUUGGCUUGUUGGAAGAAGGUUGGGAGGAGAACGAUGACAAAGAAUGUUACUGCUGCAGACGCUCACGUUACAUUCGGGUCCGCAACGAUCUUGCACGGCUCUCCCAGAUUCUGCUCAACGGCGGCAACUUCAAGGGCCUGGUCUUUCCACCGCAUACCGGCAGGAACGACUUACAUGUUAUGCUGGUCAGCCACGGCGGCUUCUUGAGUACGCUUAAGUAUUCUGGUGAGCUGGCGGUAGAAGAGCCAGAACACAGUGAAAAUUCUGAAAAGGUCCCGGAGGAUAGAAAGCAGUACUUUGAUAACGCGGAGAUAUGCAGUUGUGAGGUGGUUGAGGUAGAAAUUCGUAAGGAUAAUGGGAAGCUGGAGUUUCCUAUUGCCUUAGCUGAGACUGGUGGGUAUUUGAGAGGAGUGGAAGGCACUUUCUACUACAGAAGGAUGGCUCCGAGAGAACCAUAA